AUGCCAGAUGCCUGCGGCAUCAGUCUAGCUAAUGCUCUCGGGGGGAAACUCGUGUCUUGGUUCACCAUGGCAGAGUGGUGGAAUCGAUUCCGGAAUCGUGAAGGCCAUGAAACGAUUCCGGUUUUUUUUUUUUUUUUUUGGGGGAGGGUAGACGAGAACGAAGCAAGAUCAGUAGCUCAGGAUGGCAGUGAGAGCAGUAGUACUUCAGACACCACGCCCGCUACAUCUUUCAGUCUCCACGCCACCACCGACCCCUCGAGUCUACGCAGCCCAGUGGCCGUGUGUGUCUUGGCGUUGGGCGUGACGUGCAGCAACGGUGGUAAUAGCAACGGGAAGCUUGAUGCACAGCACAGCACAGCACAGCACAGCGGAGAGAUUGGUGGUGAGUUGACGAUCCAAAGGCCUGACUCCACAGCGGUAAUGAGCCUUGUGUACCUUGCACUGUCUUCACUGACAACGCCCACUACUAACCCCUCUGCCUCCGCCACCGUUUCAAGAUCAGGGAAGGACUCUGCCUUGCAUCGCGCACUGUGAUGGUCGCCGCCCCCGCCCCCGCACCCGCCGCCGCCGCUGCUGCUGCUGCUGCUGCUGCCGCCGCUAAGGGAGAAUAGUUUGUUGAGUGGAUGACGGCGCGUUCACUGACCCUCUCCCCAUCACCCUACCAACUCCGGCCACCCACCCCCCUGCCACCAGACACCUGCUACACCACCACUACCGCCGGCUCCGUCCAGUGAAAGAUUCAUCGCAGACCUGCCAUUCAACGCCUGCCGCCGCCGCCACCACCACCACCACCUCCUUAUGGUGGUGUCACUGUACCUGGAGCUGUUGUCAUGAUUGAAUAAUAAAUUGUGAAGAAAU